AUGUCGAGAAGAGAGCGUAUAAAACAUGAUAGAAAACCGUUGGUCGAUGAGAGUGGAAGUCCCGUAGCCAAGGAACCUCGUUUGCCCAAGCGUAAAGUCGCUGUGAUGAUAGGCUACUGCGGGACUGGCUAUCACGGCAUGCAGUACAACCCACCAAAUCCCACUAUUGAGGCUGAGCUGUUCAGAGCGUUUGUCGAAGCGGGUGCCAUAUCCAAGGCCAACUCGAAUGAUUUGAAAAAGAAUGGAUUCAUGAGAGCUGCCAGAACGGAUAAGGGGGUCCACGCAGGUGGAAAUUUGAUUUCUCUGAAGCUUAUCAUAGAGGAUCCUGAGAUAAAGGAAAAAAUCAACGAAAAACUGCCUGAUGGAAUUCGUAUUUGGGAUAUUGAGAGAGUUAACAAAGCAUUUGAUUGUCGGAAGAUGUGUGGAUCGCGGUGGUACGAGUACCUCCUCCCAACCUAUUCCCUCAUCGGUCCCAAACCAGGCACCAUCUUGCAUAAGAGCAUCGAGGACAGCAAAAUGGAAUUGCCAGGUAUCUUAGAUGACGAUAUCGAGUCCAAAAAGUUCUGGGAAGAAUUGAAUAACGAAGCUCACGAGCAAUUUACCGAGAAAGAACUCGAGGAGAUUAAGUCGUAUGUUCCCCCUGCUAGGGAGGUUUUUGAUGGUAGCGACGAGCUCUAUUUGAAAGUAAAGAAAUACAAGCAGUUGGAGAACUCACAUAGAAGAAAAUACCGGAUCUCUGAGGAAAAGCUCAAAAAGUUUGCGGCAGUUAUGGAGCAAUACCUCGGUGCACACAACUUCCACAACUUCACGCUUGGUAAGGAUUUCAAAGAUUCCAGUGCAAUCAGAUUCAUGAAGGAAAUUAAAGUUUCCCAGCCGUUUGUGAUUGGGGACGCAAAGACUGAAUGGGUUUCUAUUAAGAUUCAUGGUCAGUCAUUCAUGUUACACCAAAUCCGCAAAAUGAUCUCAAUGGCAACGCUUAUUACUAGGUGCGGCUGUCCAACAAACCGCAUCUCCGAGGCCUAUGGUCCGCAGAAGCUCAAUAUCCCCAAGGCGCCAGCGUUAGGUCUUCUCUUGGAAUCGCCAGUAUUUGAAGGUUACAAUACAAGAUUAGAAAAAUUUGGCUACAAGCCUAUUGACUUUUCCAAGUAUCAAGCCGAGAUGGAUGCUUUCAAGAUGAAGCACAUCUACGACAAAAUUUAUAAGGAGGAAGUCGAUGAGAAUGUCUUCAACGCGUUUUUCAAUUACAUCGAUAACUUUGACAGAGUAACAGGGGCGCAGGGUUCUCAAUCAGAUGAAAAGACCGGAAACGCUGUUCAAAAGAGCGUCUUCGAGUUUCUGACCGCAAGAGGCAUUUCAAACAGCACAGAAGAAAACCAUCAAUCGCUAACGAAAUCCGCGGAGGAGCUAAGCGAUGACAAGCCUGCUGAGUCGUGA